AUGAAACUGCUUCCGAGCCUGGCCGUAUCGUACGCUUAUGCAGGUCGGGACCUCGGUGCAAACACGCAAGGAGGAGCAAGUCGCCUCCCGACUCCAGCUCAUGUUAGCUCUUCUUCGAUGGAAUAUCUGGGCGACAGUGGAGCCAAACAAUCCUUGCCUGACGACGUAGACAAGCAGACUUGGAAUCAAAAUGAGGGCGUCGUCGGAGAAGACUCCAACACGCGGGAGAAAGGAAAUCUACAACCUGGUUACUGGUGCGAUCAGAGAGAACACACCAAACAAGACGCGAUGGAUCCCUUUACUGUCGAUUCACCCGACUGGCUUCUCGAGAAAGGGGCUUACUCGCCUCUUUCAAGAAGUCGUGGAAACGGAGGACGACCUUCCGUCCAGCUUUCCGAAAAAAUUAUUGGUGGCCAAAAUGCUCAAGAGCAUGCAUGGCGAUGGAUUGCCUAUUUUUACGGCUGUGGAGCGACACUGGUUGCCAAGAAUUGGGCUGUCACUGCCGCCCAUUGUUGUACCAUUCCUGCAUGGUACUUCAAGGAUAAGGAACUUUGCUUCGGCCGAGACUACAAGAACCCGGAAUCCAUCGGAAAGCCAUCACUCCAACAAUGUGCGGGAAUCAGUCAAAUCCUUCAGCAUCCCGAGUACAACCGAACAGUCACCGUUAUGAACGAUAUCUGUCUCUUGAAACUCUCGAGGGACGUUCUCUACAACGAUCAUGUGCAGCCUGCUUGUCUUCCCAAUCAGUUUGAUUCUCUUCAAAAUGACCUCGUUCUUUCUGAGGCAGAGAAGGAAGACACUGAAACCUUUCCCAUUAAUCCAGAUACCGGACUCCAGACGCAGAAAAUCGACUGCUUUGUCGCUGGUUGGGGAUACCGACAGGAGAAUAAGUGGACUUCUUUGCCAGACAUUCUUCAAGACGCGCAAGUUUUCCUUCAAUACAAUGAGACAUGCGAAGCAGCUUACACUGACGUCGAUUCCAGCGGCAACACCAUUAAUUACUACGAUUCCAAUGCUAUGAGCUGCUUCGGCCACGAAGAAGGAGGAAUCGAUGCCUGCCAAGGUGACUCUGGUGGACCUCUGAUCUGCCUUGAGCCUUCUACUAACGCCAAAUGGGUGGACGAUAACGGCAAUCCCAUCGUUCACAUGAACCCUGUUCUACGAGGAGUUGUCUCCUGGGGAGAAGGUUGUGGCAGACAAGGAAAGCCCGGCGUUUACGCCCGAGUUUCCACCUUUGUCGACUGGAUUCAUGAUACUAUCAGAACGCAUGCUCGUGGUUCCCCUGCUGCUUGUAUCGACGUUCGAAGCAAUUACAGGAUCGAGAACGAUGUCAGCGUUAUUUGCGGUGACGAUGGAUGUGACUUCAGCUGCGCCGACAAGUCGCACACGCCAAAUGUUGAGCGCGUCAACUGUCAAAAGGUGACUGGCUCCUCCAGAGGAAAAUAUGACGUUCCACCCCAACUUAUUGGAUGUGCUUCUGAUCCAAACCACUUCACCAAAUGCGGCUCUGUCACCGCCUCCAUCAAUGUUCCUGAUCUAGAUAAGAUGAAGAUCAAUUGCAUGACUGCCACUAAGUGCAAAGUCACCGUCCGAGAAGCGUACAAAAAGACUUGCGAGCCAUCAGUCUCUCAGCUCAAGUGUGUUCCAAACAAGGGAUAUGAUUACCCAUACGACGAACUUCGAUGCGAACGACCGAAGACCACAACAAAAUGCGGCCCUGUUCUUCAGAAAUUCCCAAAUCUUACUGAUGACUUCAUCAUUAACUGCAUGACCAGCAAGUGCAAAUUCGCUCACAAGUCAGGAUUUGCCGUCAAGCCCGCUGAAGUUAGAUGCAAAGCCAACAAAUGGGUGAUCCCACCAUCAAACCGAAAUAACAACGGUGGCAUUGAUUUCCAGCUUGUAACAUUCGACUCGCUGCCAGAAGACACUUUCUGCAAAGGAUUUAGUUUGAAUGAGCACACAGAAGGCAACUACAGACCACAUGCUAAGGAAGUUCAAUUUAUGGGACAAGGAAUUAUUUCAAGACCAAGACCAAGUUGUGAUGCCAAGGGUGUUUGUAGCUACUACUGCCCGUCUGAUUACAACGGCGGUAUGACGAAAAUCGGCCGCCCGUUCAAAUGUCAUAAAUCCAAGGGAUGGCUUCCUAUCGUUUGGGCUGGCAAGCUGAGCUGUCACGAUGUCUUCAAUAAGAAUAAACUUUAUGAUGUUGAAUCAGGAUAA